AUGGCGAUCGUGAACCCCAAGAAGAUGAAGGUCGCCGAGAUCAAGGACGAGCUCGCCAAGCGCAGCCUGAGCACGGCCGGCGUCAAGGCCGAGCUCGUCCAGCGCCUCGAGCUCGCACUCGACGAGGAAGAGUUUGGCAGCGAGGCGCACGAGCAAGCGACGCUGGCGGCGGCCGAAGCCUCGCCCAUCGAGUCCGUGACGCCCGAGCCCGUCGAAGAGCCUGCGCAGGAGGUGGCUAAGGCAGCCUCGCCGGCCAAGCAUGCGGAGCCCGUUCCCGAGCCCAUCAAGGAAGCGCCAUCGAGCGUGCCGGUGGUCGCGGCGGCGCCGGCCACGGUCGGCAUGAGCGAAGAAGAGAAGCGCAAAGCCCGCGCUGCCAAGUUUGGCAUUCCCCUUACAGAAGACCAGCGAAAAAUGGAGCGCGCCCAGCGGUUCAAGGCGGCGGGUGCUGUAGAUGCGACGGUCGAGACAGCCAAGAAGUCGAAGCGCGCCGAGCGAUUUGGCGUCGAGACGGACGACAAGGUGCACGCGCAGAAGAAGGCGCGUGGUGAGCGCUUUGGCAUCACGGACGACUCGAAGAAGAAGCUCGAGCGCGCGCUGCGGUUCAACCUCGUGACCAAGGAAGUCGUUGACGAGAAGCUCAAGCAACGCCAAGCGCGGUUUGCGGCCAAGUAG